AUGUUGCAGCUUAACAUGCAGCAAGAUCUUCCUUUUCUGAAAUGUAAAAGCAGAGAGAGGGAAGCACCAAAUAUCCUCCCACCACCCAACAAGGGGAAGGAUAACAAAGGCAUGCAUGUAGACAAGCAGAGUGGUUUUUCUGCUACUGCUCCCUUGAACACCCAAUCCCUACUCUCACUGGGACCUGACGGGAAUUACAACUACUAUGUGGAUGAUGAAGAUGAUGAAGAUGAAGAACAAGGAAAAUGGCCAAGUGAAGAUGCAUGUAAUGGAGAAAACAAGCCCUCAUCAUUCAUUCCUUGUUCCCCUGCUCUUUCUUCUAGAGCCUCGGCCACAGUGUCUGCUCCGUCCAUGCUGAAUAUCAAUGUUGGCGGCCAAAGCUACCGCCUCACCUACCAGGCAGUGGCCAUCUAUCCCAAGACCCGCCUGGGCCGCCUGGCUACCUCCACUGACCGUAGUUGCCAGUUGGGCCUCUGCGAUGACUACGCUGCCCAGGUGGAUGAGUAUUUCUUUGAUCGGGACCCAGCCGUCUUCCAGCUGGUGUACAAUUUCUAUGCCUCUGGGGUGCUGCGCGUGCGGGAUGAGCUGUGCCCCUGUAGCUUCCUGGAGGAGCUGAGCUACUGGGGUGUGCGUCUCAAAUACACGCCUCGCUGUUGCCGUAUCUGCUUUGAGGAGCGCCGCGAUGAGCUGAGCGAGCAGUUGAAGGUCCAGCGGGAGCUGCGCUCCCAGGCAGAGGUUGAGGAGAAUGAGCAGCUCUUCCACCACAUGCGCUACUAUGGUCCUCAACGUUGGCGCCUCUGGAACCUCAUGGAGAGACCUGCGACGCUUUGCCAGCAGCGCCCUGAAUGCUUCUUUGUGCUCAUCUCUGUGGUGGCCCUCGCACUCAACACAGUGGAGGAGAUGCAGCAAUCAGACUGGAAGAAUGGGGAUAGUGGGCCUGUCUUGGAGCAUGUUGAGACCCUGUGCAUUGCAUUCUUCACCCUGGAGUACCUGCUGCGCUUGGUCUCUACCCCAGACCUGCGACGCUUUGCCAGCAGCGCCCUGAAUGCAGUAGACCUCAUUGCCAUCCUGCCCCUCUAUCAGCUGCUGCUCGAGUGCUUUCCUGAUGAUGACCAGCCCCGGGGUCGCGGCUCUCAGCAUGAGCAUGAUAUUGAGAAGGUGGGACGGGUGGGCAAGGUAGGACAAGUGCUUCGCAUCAUGCGACUCAUGCGCAUAUUCCGCAUCCUCAAGCUGGCCCGCCACUCCACAGGGCUGCGUGCCUUUGGAUUUACCUUGCGCCAGUGCUACCAGCAGGUGGGCUGCCUUUUGCUCUUCAUUGCUAUGGGGAUCUUCGCCUUCUCUGCCAUGGUCUACACCGUGGAGCAUGAUGUCUCCAGUACCAACUUCACCAGCAUCCCCCAUGCUUGGUGGUGGGCUGCCGUAAGCAUCUCUACAGUGGGAUAUGGAGAUAUGUGUCCAGAAACUCACCUUGGUCGCCUGUUUGCUUUCCUCUGCAUUGCUUUUGGAAUAAUCCUGAAUGGCAUGCCCAUCUCUAUUCUCUACAACAAAUUCUCAGACUAUUACAGCAAGCUGAAGGCCUACGAGUACACAGCUCUCAGGAAAGAAAGAGGGAAGGUGGACUUCACACGGAGAGCCAUGAAGAAAAUAUCUGAGUGCUGUGGAGAAGGUGAAACCCACCCUUUGUCACCACAAUGA